AAACACUUGUGACUUGUAAGUUGUACUAGUACUGUUAAAGUAGUCAAAUGAUUGAUAAAUGAAAUGCAGCUGAACUGAAAAUAUUCCAUUUUUUGUCUUCUCGUGCUACAACUAUAAGAUUAGUCAUUUGUUUUAAUCAGAUUUUGGCUUGGCAUCCUGGCUGCGAAGCAAGGAAAUCCCGAAAACCCUUUGCUCGAUACAGGUUACUGUACCAGAAUCUAGCAAUUAUUGUGGAACGUCAGAUUGCCGUGGCAUUUGCGGAACCAUGUCUCUGGAGGGUACUCCGAAGAACGUCCGCCCCGAGGAGCUGCCCACAGUCCUCGCCGUUCCGCCCAAGAAGUACGAAUACUUGGAUCACACAGCCGAUGUCCAAAUCCACGCAUGGGGAGACGAUCUCAAAGAAGCAUUCGAGCAGGCGGCAGUCGGAAUGUUCGGAUACAUGACAGAAAUUCAGAGCGUGGAAAUUAUUAUGGAGGAGAAGGUGGAAGCGGAGGGAGAAGAUCUUGUGAGUUUGCUGUACCAUUUUCUGGAUGAAUGGCUUUUCAAAUUUUCCGCUGAACCCUUUUUCAUUGCGCGGAAAGUUGUGAUUACAGAGUUUGAUGCGGAGACGUUUCGAAUAAAAGCUACUGGAUAUGGCGAAGAAUUCAACUUAGCGAAGCACCCUCAAGGGACGGAAGUGAAGGCUAUCACCUAUUCGAAUCUCCAGGUUCACGACAAGCCCAACCAACAUGAAGUAUACGUCAUAGUGGACAUUUAACAAGAAAUUGACGGUAUUCCUAGAUGACGCUUUCCAGAUCCAAUCGUUGAUUCCGGUCGUUCGGGCACUCAUCAACAUUACAUGAUAUGACGUUGUAGUUAACUUAGUCUUGAGUCGACUUUGUGAAGAAGUUCAUGCCUAAAAUUCAUUUCCUUUUUAUUACUUAUAUUUAUUUUUUUACCGAUUUCCGGGGAUUUGCGAGGAAGUUUUUAUUAAAACUAUCUGGAGCCUGA